AUGGCUCGGGUCUGGCUGAUCACAGGCUGCUCGUCCGGCUUCGGCAGGGCGAUCGCGCUGGCGGCUGCGGCGCACGGUGACAAAGUCGUGGCCACGGCGCGCGACGUGUCGAAGCUCGCGGACCUGCGGCAGCGCGGCAUCGUCACCAAGACGCUUGACGUACUUUCCCCGGAUGCCGAGAUCCAGGCCGUCGUCGAUGAUGUCCGCUCCACGGUGGGUGACAUCGACGUCUUGGUCAACAACGCAGGCUACAUCCUGGUUGGAGCCAUUGAGGAGUGCAGUGCGCAAGAGAUAGAGCGCCAAUUCGCGACCAACGUCUUCGGUCAGCUCGCCGUCCUCCGUGCCGUGGUACCGUCGAUGCGCUCGCGCCGCACGGGUACUAUCGCCAACCUUGGCUCCAUUGGUGGAUGGCAAGGUUCGCCCGCCGCGGGCAUCUACUGUGCGACCAAGGCGGCCAUUGCCAUCUACACCGAGUCCCUCCGCGCGGAGCUGGCGCCCUUCGGUGUCCGCGUAACUUGCAUCGAACCGGGCUACUUCCGCACCAACUUCCUGGACGAGGGAUCGGGACGCAAGACGGUGGCGAAGAAGACGGUUGCGGAGCUUGAUACCGUCGAGGGCUCGGCGGUGGCAGCCACGCGUUCGGCGCUGGCGGCGUACAACAAGAAGCAGCCGGGCGAUCCGGACAAGGGCGCGCGUGUUAUUGUGCAGGCCCUCACGGGGUCUGGGCCGUGCCAGGGGAAGGACCUGCCACCGAGGUUGGCCUUGGGGAACGAUGCGGUGGGGUUCAUUGGUCAGGCGUUGGAGAGGAACCGCCGGGAUUUGGAUGCGUGGAAGGAUAUCGUGUCCAAGACUGACUGUGAUGAGUAA